AUGCAUGAGGAGGAGUGGGGUAAGACCGGAUGCUCCAUUAUGACCGAUGUUUGGUCGGACAGAAAGAUGCACUUGAUUGGAGCUGAUAAAGUCAUUCAGGCUGUCAUGGAUAAUGUAGUUGUAAAUAUGGCCAUGAAAGAGCUUUUAUAUAGAGCGAGGUCGAGGAUUUUUUGGACUAGUUAUGUAGCACACACUGUUGACCUAAUGCUUGAGAGCAUCGGGAAGUUGAACUUAUUCAGAGGAGAAAUUGAGAAGGCAAGGACCCUUAUUGUCUUUAUCUACAACCAUCACAAGACUUUGUCCAUGGUGCGUCGCAUCUGUGACAAGAGGGACAUUGUGAGGCCUGAAGUUACUCUUUUCACCACUAUAUUUUUGACUCUAUGGAGUCUUCUUGAGAAGAAAGGAAAGUGGAGAUAUAUAUUCUCCGAUGAAGCAUGUGUGAGAUGCAAGCUUGCAAAAACUGCUAAAUGCCAAAAGGUGGAGGCGAUUACUAUGUGUGGUAGUUGGUGGACAGCGGUGGGCAAGGUCUUGAAGGUGUAUGCUUCUAUUUUUCGAUUAUCGAGGGUAGUCGAUAGUGACUACAAACCCUCAAUGAUAUUUGUAGUAGGGAUACUUGAAGAUAUGAAGAAGGAGUUCAUUCAAGUUUUUAAGAAGAAGGAGAAGUAUUUCAAGCCCGUGAUUGAUACUAUAGAUGUGAAGUCCAAGGAUCGGCGCUUUUCUCCCUUGCAUAUGGCUUCUUACUAUCUCAACCCUCACUAUUUCUAUAAGGAUGAUGUAGUGAAGAACUACAAAAGGGCGAAAGAUGGAAUUCUUGAUGUGGUGGAGUUGUUCUAUCCUGAUGUAGAAUAA